CUGAGACAGUUAUGACUGAGAGUUGAUAUCAAGCAAUAUAUCUGCACAAGCUCUGUUCCAGAAACUAUCCACUUUACAUUUCCAACGCCUUCUCUCUCUUUCCUGAUAUCUCUUCCAUUUUCAAACUUUGCAAAUCGAUGGCUUCUCUGAUAUCUCUUCAGGGCUCUGGAAACUCCAUUAUCGCUUCCCACUUGAGACCUCGAAUAGCACCACAACCAUUGGCUCAGCUCUCUCUCAACCCCACACCAUCCAAACCUCUCUGCACCUACGCACUACCCAAUGCCAACAACUCAAAGGCCUAUCGCCGCAACAGUGGUGGCGUCUCUCACCGCCAAAGCACCAACACUCAGUACAAAUCCCCCCCUGAACCUUCUUUACAGUCACAGAGUAACAGGAAGAAGAGCCACUCGAAUGAGCAAAAAAUGAACGGUGAUAAGCUUAACGAUGAAAAUGAGAGUGACCCAUUGCGCGGUGACCCACCAAAUGUUGAUUUGAUGGGUUUGUGCGAGGAGGGAAAGGUUGAACGAGUUGUGGAGUAUAUGGGUCAAGGUGUUUGUGCUGAUUAUGGUGUUUUCUGUGCGUUGUUGGAUUCAUGUGGGGAUUCGAAGUCGCUUCAAGUUGGGAAGAGGGUGAAUGAGUUCUUGAAAAGGUCUCCGUUUCGUGGUGAUGUCGAAUUGAAUAACAAAUUGAUUGGGAUGUACGGGAGAUGUGGGAGUAUGAGAGAUGCACGCCGAGUGUUUGAUAGAAUGUGCGAGCGGAAUAUGUGUUCAUGGCAUUUGAUGAUUAAUGGAUAUGCAGUGAAUGGGCGGGGUAAUUAUGGAUUGUUGUUGUUCGAGGAGAUGAGAAAGGCGGGGUUGCAGCCCAAUGGCAAGACCUUUGUGUUCUUAUUGGCGGCUUGUGCUAGUGUAGAAGUUGUGGAAGAAGGGUUGAUGUACUUUAAUUUGAUGAAGAAUGAGUAUGGAAUUGUUCCAGGGAUUGAACAUUAUUUAGGGGUUAUUGAUGUUUUUGGGACUUCUGGUCAUUUGAAUGAAGCAGAAGAGUUCAUUGGGAAGAUGCCAUUUGAACCUACAGCUGAAGUUUGGGAGGCUCUUAGGAAUUAUGCAAGAAUUCAUGGAGAUAUAGAACUUGAAGACCACGUGGAUGAGUUGUUGGUUAGUCUUGAUCCUUCUAAGGCCAUUGCUGAUAAGAUCCGAAUCCCCCCUAGGAAGAAGCAUUCUGCAACUAAUAUGCUUGAGGAGAAGAAUAGGGUGAGUGAGCAUCGGAGUACUGGCUCUUACAAAGGAGAGGGAUAUGAGAAAUUGAAAGGUCUGAAUGGGCAGAUGAGGGAAGCAGGUUAUGUGCCAGAUACAAGAUAUGUACUUCAUGACAUUGAUGAGGAGGCAAAAGAGCAGGCCUUGCAAUAUCAUAGUGAGCGUUUGGCAAUUGCUUAUGGUCUGAUUAGUACACCGCCACGGACAACUCUUAGGAUCAUUAAGAACCUAAGGAUCUGUGGUGACUGCCACAAUGCAAUAAAAAUUAUGUCAAGAAUUGUUGGGAGGGAGUUGAUUGUUAGGGAUAACAAGCGGUUCCAUCAUUUCAAGGAUGGCAAGUGCUCUUGUGGGGAUUACUGGUAAAGUUAUUAACACCUUGAUGUCAGCGCUCAUCUCAUGGGUUGGCUACCAGGUUUUCCUUCAACACACAAUUGAAGUUCCUUGUAAAGCUCAUUGCUGCAGCGAGAAAAUUGGAGAAAAUUUUGAUAGGAGACUUGCUUGUAAAUGUAAUGCAUUUUUUUUCAUUGUACAUUAUGUUUGUAUUGAGAUUCAAUUGCCUUGUAACUAGAACCAAGUUCGAAUUGACCAAUCUGUCACAUGUUAACUUUGCAGUAGCAUGUCUUUGCAUGCCAUAUAUUAACGUUUAUGAAUCCUGUUUUCCUUUGUUCU